AUGGAUGAUGAUUAUCCUGAGAAGGAAACCGUCAUCCCAAAGCAGCUGCCAUAUUUUUCAGGAAUGGCAACUAGUACUGGAUCAAUCUUUCUCGGUGAUCCGGCCGGUCGGGAAAUCGGUGGACUAAAAUCAUCAGUGUCACCAGAGUCUAGCACAUCUUCAUCAGCAGAUGAGGUUUCUGGUAACUCCACUUUGAUGAGUAACACAUAUCAAUUUGUACCUGUGAAUUUCCUUGAAACGUUUCCUAAAGCUCAUGUUUCUGAUCAGUCAUCUACAUCUCCAGCUUCCAUGCCUUCAAAGCCAUCAAAACUCCCAAAUUUAACUCUACUUUUGCAGGAACCAACAACCCUUUUAGAUCCAUCAUCAACCAAAAAGUGUGAUGAGUCCAUGUUGUCCUCUUUAACCCCUUCAUUUCCUAUACCUCACCUUGAGCAUUGUCAACAAGGGUUUGAUCAGUGGCUCAAAAUCAGUCAAACUCUAGCAAAUAAUCCAUCUAAAGGCUUCAAUGAUUACUGGCUACACGCGACGAAAACACAGCCAAUGAAAAACAGUGGAAGAUCAAGAUUUCAGAAUCAACAACGGAAGGAGGCAUCAGCACCAAUCCCAUCAUCAAAAGGAAAGCUAUAUAGAGGAGUGAGGCAACGGCAUUGGGGAAAAUGGGUGGCUGAAAUUAGAUUACCGAGAAACAGAACAAGGGUUUGGUUGGGGACCUUCGACACAGCUGAGGAGGCUGCAAGCGCUUAUGACACUGCUGCUUACAUGCUCCGCGGCGAGUAUGCUCAUUUGAACUUUCCAGAUUCAAAACAUCAACUCAAGGCCAAUGCUUUGGAUGGUAGUACACGCACCACAGCUGCCCUGCUUGAAGCCAAGUUACAAUUAGCAAUAUCACAACAGGCAAAUAAGAAGUCAUCGUCUUCAUCGUCACCACCAUCACCAAAAAAGAAGAAGCACUUAUCAGCCGAUGAUCGUGAUCAGAAGAGCUCAAUUAGUAAUUUGACUACCCAAAACCCAAAUACAAGAAAAGAGUGGCAGUUUGGAACUGAUCAGGUAAUAUUUGAAAACAAGAAGACCCAGGAUGUAAUAUCAUCAUCAGAUUUGGACGCUGUUCAGUUAAGUAGAAUGCCCUCGUUGGACAUGGACAUGAUAUGGGAAGCUCUUCUGGUAUCUGAUUAAUAUUUAACCAUACAUGAUGUGCUUAUUUCUCAAAAAGACGAUUCAUUUAUGUUCUUUACUUUCUUUGUG